GUAAACCAUUAGGCGAUCGUCCUGUGAGGUUGCCAGGUCAGGUUCUGCACGCUGCGCUGCAGGAGUGGGAGUUUACGGAGCUUCAAAGCAGACAUGAGACGCCAGGACAGCCGCUCUACUGCCAGAGCGUCUUUGAUGCCAUCACUAUGGACCAGAAUGAGACCGUGCUGGUGUUCCGGGGCAGCGUGUACUGGACAGUGUCAGCUGAAGGCAGUGUGAGCGGUCCGCUGCCUCUCCGUCAGCGCUGGUCUGACCUUCCUCCGGCCAUCGAGGCCGCUGCUUUCUCCCCAUUGGACUCCAAGUGGUAUUUUUUUAAAGGAAAGCGUAUAUGGCGCUACACGGGCAGUGUGCUGGACCCCGGCUUCCCCAGGAGGAGCAGUGACUUGGGGCUGCCUCGUCACCCCGACUGUGCCUUCUAUUACGCCCCUCUGGGUCACAUGGUACUCUUCAAGGGCUCCCGCUACUCUGUGCUCAACCUCAAAACGUUGCACCAAGAACCCUACUACCCCCGCAGGCUGACAGACUGGACUGGCGUGCCACAGGGGACCAACGGGGUGCUGACCCGUCCAGACGGACGCCUGUACCUGUUCAGAGAACAGCGGUUCUGGAGGUUUGACCCGGUGAAGGUGCGAGUCACCAGAGAGGGCGAGUGGGCCAAAGAUCUGAGCUGGACUGGUUGCAGCAACGCUCCUCAGAGCAACAACAUCCUUUGACCAGCAGAGGGAGCUGUAAGAUUUAAAGUGCAAUUUGUCGAUGUAUGCGGUAUUACAGGUGCUGAAACUUUUAAACCCACAUUGAGUUUAUAUGUUGCAGUGGUUCAAACUAAUGCUACAAGAACUUCACAGAAAGAAGGCUACUUUGUUUAGACUUUUUUUUUUGUGGCACAAACAGUAUUUAUACUGUUGGGCGAUUCAUAAUACUGUACAUGGAUGUGUAUUACAGCCUUAGUUUUUGGUCAGAUCAUUAUCUAAAUAUUAAUACUGUUCAUAUAUUUAAGUAUUACACAGCAACAGCAGCUGGAAAUAUGCUUUAAAAAACUUUUUUUUUCUUUGCACACAACCAGAAAAAAACAAUAUACAUUCAUAGUGUGUGAGUGACAUUGUGGAGGAGAUGAUAAAUCUCUUCUACAAUGUCACUAACAGACUGUAUAAAAUUACACCACUGACUUUGGCCUGCGGUUGUGUGUUGCGUCCUGGUUUUCAGCUGUAGUAGAAGGCCUGAAUCUUUAUCCCUGAAUUCACAUAUUUAAAUCAGAUCCAUGAGUAAAGAUAAUUGUUUGUACCAAUAGUUAAUGUGUGGGAGAGCAGUGCAGAUUGGUGCGUCCUGUAUCCAACGGGCAGAAUGGUGGAUGUGACCACAGAAAGCUGUGUCAACAGGGUGAUGCAUGUUAAAAAACAGUUGCACAGGGAAAAAAAUUGUUCAAACAUAACCGUGAAUGUUUCCACAUGCAAUCAAAGAUGAUACUCUGUCUGGUCUGAAUUUGAAAACUUAAAAGUACUGCAAUGAA